AUGAAAUCGGCCGCCUUUUUCAACCAUAAAAUCCAGAAUAGCUCAUACCACUCUCAUUCGUCCCGCUACCGGCCCCUGCUUAUCGCUCGUCUGACGCACUCAAAAUACACAGCCUGCACCCUUGCCUCCCAACGCCUGUUGCUUCUUGAUCCCGGACCCUACCACAAAUAUCUCCAAGCAGCCAUGUCACCUUUGUUCAUCCUAGCAUUGCUAGCUCCCUUGGCCGCCGCCUUCGACUGCUCCAAAGAUUUGGAGGCUUACGACUUCCAGUCCAUCAAGGGCACAUAUCUGGACACAAUUCUGAUUGAUAGACCGCCUUCCAAAACCGACUACACAUGGUCCAUUGGUAUUUGUCAGGACGUUGAGAACCAAGCUGAUUGUCCCGCGAAAUCCUCGCUUUGUGGUGUGGGCCACCUCAAGGUAGACGACAAGGACAUUUUGUCAGAAGUCAUUCCCUUCAAAAGCGACCACAAGCACACGUUCAGGCCUUUCGACGAGCAGAAUUCCGGCGUGUUGUUGAUACUUGAGGAUUUGUCUUGGGGCGACUCCUCAAUUAACGCGCACGUCAAAUUCAUAUGUUCGGAGAACGACAACCCUGAUAAUAAUAAGUUGAGGAUUUUACGAUGGACUGGAAGGGUGUUCGAGGCCAAUUUCCUCACUCCAGCUGCUUGCGUUAAAGACAAAAAGGACAAGAAUGGAAAGGACAAUCAGAAACCUCCCUCUGAGGAUGGAGGUGAGUCCUGGGGUUGGUUUACAUGGAUCUUUAUCUUCAUGGUUCUUUUCCUCAGCAUCUAUAUCAUUGGAGGAGCGUGGUUCCAGUAUAACAAGGGCAACUCCAUCGACUUCCAGUCCGCAUUGAGAGAGGUUUUGGAGAACUUUGUUGAUCUUUUGAGAGGUCUUCCUACGUUCUUUAAGGAGGUCGUGGAGAAGGUCACCGGAAACUCUAGUCGGAAUGAAUAUAGUGCGGUCUAG